GAGGCACAAAGUCUUCAUCACAAAUAUGGCGUCUUCCGGAGAUCCCGAAUUCGUGAAGAAGGCUAAAAACCACCAGUUUGAAGGUUUCACCAAAGAGUUGGAGGGAGAGUGGCAGGGCCCGUUUGUGUUCAUCCAGGCAGCUGACACUCAGUAUGGCAUGAUCAAUGACUGGGAGGGGAGGGGUGAUGGGAAUGAGUGGGAGGAGGAGAUGUCCCUCACCAAGAAGGCCAUCCAGGCAGCCAACACCAUGGAGCCACGCCCUAAGUUCUUCAUAGUGUGCGGGGAUCUCGUGCAUGCCUGGCCAGGUGGAAAAUAUCGCGAGGAACAAGAGCGGGACCUAAAGGCAACCUUCACAGACCUGAGAUCAGACAUCCCGCUGGUGUGUGUGUGUGGGAACCACGACGUGGGGAACAGUCCCACACAGGAGUCCAUCCUCAAGUACCGCGACAGCUGGGGCGACGACUACUUCAGCUUCUGGGUGGGUGGGGUCAAGUUUCUCGUCAUCAACUCCUCCUACUUCCCGUCUAACUACUCGGACCCCUCCGUGGUCGGGGAACUGAAAAAGGAGCACGACGAUUGGUUGGAUACAGAGUUGGAGGAGGCCAAGAGUUCCGACUGUCAGCAUCUGGUGAUCUUCCAGCACAUUCCCUGGUUUCUGAAGUCUGUGGACGAGGACAACGAGUACUUCAACAUCGAUCGGGAUGUUCGGAAGACAAUGUUGGCAAAGUUUAAGGAAGCAGGUGUUAGAACCAUCUUCUGUGGGCACUAUCAUCGCAACGCAGGAGCGUUCUAUGAUAACAUGGAACAUGUCAUCACGUCUGCCGUUGGCUGCCAGCUGGGGAAGGACAAGUCCGGGCUACGGGUGGUAAAAGUGACGGAGGACGCCGUGGCGCAUCAGUACUACGACAUGGACAGCAUUCCGCAGAAGGUCGACUUCUGAAAGGUACACACCUGCAAAAGUACACAUUGUGCAAAUAUGUCAGAUGUAUGGUGACAGGAGGUACAUGUAAUGAAGGCUAUUGUGAUGUGGAAACAUUAAAUCACUGAAAGUUGCACUGACAAGAAAUGAAGAGUUGAGCCCAGAUGUAGAAGAAAUAAGAAAGUUAUGUUUAAGUGGCUGUCAGGUGAAGGAAUGCCUUUCUUGAUAUCGUGAGACUUGUGGUGUUAUCAAUGUGGCUUCUCUGUGAUACAUUGUCACUAGUACUAUAUAGUUAUGUUGUCUGGUGGGUGCUUUAAAAUGGUAAGUCUUUGAAACCCAUUCAAUCAUCAGAGCAAAUGUACAUGUGUCUUGCCAUGUCUUCAUUGGAAAGUAGUCAGAUGAACUUAAAAACACCUCAUAUUUUAUUUAUAAUGGUGAUAUCGUAAAAAAACUUCUCAAACCACUUGAACACAAGAGAAAAGUUACUCUGUUACCUGAGGGCCACUUGACUCAUUCAUGCUUAAUAUGGAUAAAAGUUCCAUGUAUAAAGGUGUCUACAUUGUGUAAGCCCAGUGCAUUGUUUGAACUGUUUUGGUUUCUCUGCUUUUGGAGGUGCCAUUUUCCAUAUUGAGCUUGAAUGACACUCAACAGGGUAUUAAAGAACAGUGGUCAAUUGUCCAAUUGCAAACUGUACAUGGAACAGUUGACAGUAUAUUUCUAUGGGAAUCCAUGAAAUGUUGUCUAAUAUCAUAUUUACAUAUCACGGAUGCAGAGAUGUGUGGUAAUGCAACUACUACAUGUAGUGUUCUGGCUAUCGGUAAUUGAUGAAUAUAAGGCCACUUGAACAAAUAAUGUUUGUCAUGUGCUUUGAAGUCAAUUAACUCAGUAACUGUUGAUAUGUACCAGUAUUUAGUGUACAAGUACGUACAUGCUCUUGAGUUUAUGAACAAAACAGUAUAUGUAAAGAUGUAGAGAACAGAAAAAGUAUCUUUAUGUUUUACAAUGAUAUAUGAUGUAUAAUUAUAUUAUUUUCAAAUUUUGAUGUGCGAACAUAUUAUUCCAAGAUGGCUGGUUUAUUGUGUAUUUUCUGAAAUGCCAGAGAUGUGUUCAAUUUUUAUGUUAAAAUUAUUUUGAUUAUGGCACGUAAUAUGAAGAUGUGUUUUAACAAAAGAUAAUAAUUAUAUUUUCUGACAAACAUAUCAAUAACUACUGUAGGUUAUUCAAAUUAUCACUGCAUUAAGUAACUCUUCUCAGAUGUCAUCUGUAGCAUACAUGCGAUUGCCAUGACGUCACAGCCAGCAAGUGGUAGGCAAAAAGUGGGUGACGGUUGGCUGAUUUGCCUACCAAUAAUUUGCAUGUUAACAAAAACUGCAAUUGCUCAUAUUGGUCUGAAGAGGAACUGGCUUGUAGACUCUUGCGGCAACCUUAUUUUGCAAUUACAUGUACCUACUGACUUAUACAGGCUUCUGUCACUUGCAUUAUGGCAGGUUUAACAAAUUACAUAUUUCUGUUAAACUUGCCAGCAUGCCAAUGCUUUUAAAUAACUCACUUUCCCACCAAAUAAUUAGUGGAUAUUCAAAGUAAUGAAAGGUAUGGGACCAGGCCUGAUAUUUGAUAUGUCAGAGCUGAUUAUAUUGACCCUACCCUUGGUAUAUGCAAAUUACUUAGAACAUUUACAGUAACUUCUAUUGUAUUGGCUAUCCCUGCUAUAGCUGACUUAUGUUCUGUGAUUGACAGUUGGUUCAUGUCUGGCCCACUGCAGGGACCUACAAUAUUUCUCUGUUAUGAUAUAUGUUAUGCCAAAUGCAGUUAUACUGGCUAUAAAGACACAGAUAUGCACACAAUUGUGUUCACAAUUUUAUGCCGAUGUAUUGCUCAAUGUAGCUCAAUUGUCAACAAUUGUAGAGUAAAAUGUUACUGUCUGUACUGGUUUGGUUUUGUAGGUUUAGGUGAUGUCAAGAAUAAGAGCUCGAACCUUUUCCAAGAUUGUUGUCACUCCCAUGUACAACUGAUGUUGUGUUUGCCAACACAGUUCCAACUCCGGUAUGAUGAUGUACAUGGGCAUUACUGUAUAGCUGUAAACACUUCAUCAGGACAUGUUGUUAUGGAUGUAAUGAUGAGUACAAUGUGUUUGGAUACAUGUGUGAAAAAAUUCAAAGCUUUGUCUACAUACCUUGAUAUGUAGUGCAAAUUUCUCCAUGUUUAUAGAGUCCACUGUUACUUGAUGUUAAUAUAAGUAAUAAUUGGUAAAUGUCUAUAGCAAAUAUAUAAAAGUACUA